CCGCCUGGGGCCUAUGGGGAGGGAGGGAGGGGGAUGGAUGGAGAGGCUCCGAAAGCUGUGGAGGGGCCGCACCAUGACCUUCGGGGUCCCCCUCUUGCUGUAUCUUGUUGGAGGAUCUUUUGGACUCCGUGAAUUUGCUCAGAUAAGAUACGAUGUCCACAAACUACAUGGCAAGGUUGAUCCAGCUUUGAAAGAAAAAUUAAAACAGAACACUGUGACACUGGAAUCUGAAUAUGAGAAGCUGGAAAAGUCUGACCUGGAUAACUGGGAGAACAUCAGAGGACCCCGUCUGUGGGAAGAUUCUAGGACUGUUCAGAAGCAACGGCGGGAGGCUGUCCGUCUCAAGACAGAGUGACUGAGCAAGCCUACUUUGGUGCCUCUGCAAAAAAAAAAAAGUCUCAGUCUGAACUGUCGUAUUUUUUAAUCCAGUAUCAGGAACAGACACGGGAGGGGGGGAUUGCACUGAACAAUUCAUGCUGGUGUAUAUAUAAGUAACUGUGAGAUCAGUCCAAAAGGCACUGUAUUAUAUGAAACUCUUUGUUUGCAUCCAUUUGCACAGAGUUCUAUAGGCUGCAUAUAUCAAUUCUCAAUUAAAAAAAUAGCUGAUUAUUCUACUGAGAAUAUCCUAUUGUUUUUCAAUCCCUAUCAUUCAAAACUGAGAUGCUUCAGCAAGGAAUAACAUUGCAGGAGUCACUUGUCAGUACUAGAAGUUGUCAUCCUAAUGAGAACAACAGUGCUGUCAUCUAGAUGUGCGUGACCAGAUAAAUGCUGCUUCAGGGAGCCCCUGCAUGACUUCAGGCUCUUAAGCUUGGAAGGGACUCCACAGGCAUAUGAACUGUUCGGAACAGUGAGUCCAUUUUUGGCUAAAUAAUAUUCUUGUGUUUCAUUUCCAGGAAGUUGGCUGUCCAGAGGCGUAUACAGAGCGUCAGCUGGUAAUUGGUCAAAUAACAUUUGUUUAGCUGUGGUUAGAUUUUUGUUUAUUGAUACCUUCAUGCAGGCAGGACCUUUGCACUGGAACUUCUCUGUUUAAGUUGGAAGAAUUCUUCCUCACUAAAAGCUGUGCUGGUUCUCUGUGAACAAGUAUUGUAACAGAAUCUUGAACCACUAUAUAAUGGCAAAGCUCAUCUUACAUAUAUUAUUACCUGUAUAUUUGUGCACGUGCACAGAUUUUUUUUUUAUCUUUUGAUGAAUUCUUCUGAAAUGCUUGUCUUUUUAUAGUUGUCUUUGCUGAAUGUUUGCUGUUAGAGGAAACCACGCUAACGUUCACGACACUUCUGCUGAGACAGUUCAAUGAAGAAGCAUCUAGUCAAUUUUUCAAAUGAAAUGAAGCUUUUGAUAAAGUGUAACAACAGACUUGUAAAACUCCUCUUCAGAGGAAUGGAGUGGUAGAGCACAGAUUAACAGUAGAUUCUAGUUUCAAAGCAUUCAGUGACACCUAUA